GGCUCAGCCCCUCCCAGUUGGCUGUUGCUGUUGUUUGCGCUUUGUUGCUUUAUAUUUCUGUGAAAACAGUCUAAAGUGCAGUGGAGCCUCCAGAUCGCAGCUGACGGAUCUGCCCGGCGCUGUAGGAAAGGACACAUUGGGGUAGACCCAGCCCCGUGAAGUUCUCCGGAGACCAUGCCCAACAAGAGAAUUGCCGUGAUUGGGGCAGGUGUGAGCGGGCUCACAUCCAUCAAGUGCUGCCUGGACGAAGGCUUGGAGCCCGUCUGCUUCGAAAGGACAGAUGACAUCGGAGGGCUCUGGAGGUUCCAGGAAAAUCCUGAAGAAGGAAGAGCCAGUAUUUAUAAAUCAGUGAUCAUCAAUACUUCUAAGGAGAUGAUGUGCUUCAGUGACUAUCCUAUUCCAGAUCAUUUUCCUAACUUCAUGCACAACUCCCAGGUCCUGGAGUAUUUCAGGAUGUAUGCCAAAGAAUUUGACCUUCUAAAGUAUAUCCGAUUCAAGACCGCUGUGUGCAGUGUGAAAAAGCGGCCUGAUUUCUCCACUUCAGGCCAAUGGGAGGUGGUCACGGAAUCUGAAGGGAAAAAGGAGAUGAAUGUCUUCGAUGGAGUCAUGGUUUGCACCGGCCAUCAUACCAAUGCUCACUUACCCUUGGGAAGCUUCCCUGGAAUUGAGACAUUCAAAGGACAGUACUUCCAUAGUCGAGAUUAUAAGAAUCCAGAGAGUUUCACUGGAAAGAGAGUCAUUAUAAUUGGCAUUGGGAAUUCUGGAGUCGACCUAGCUGUGGAGAUUAGCCACACAGCCAAGCAGGUUUUCCUCAGCACCAGGAGAGGGGCUUGGAUCCUGAAUCGUGUAGCAGACCAAGGAUAUCCUUUUGAUGUGUUGUUCAACUCUCGACUUAAACAUUUUUUGUCGAAGAUUUGUGGUCAAUCAUUAGCAAACACAUAUUUGGAAAAAAGGAUGAACCAAAGGUUUAACCACAAAAUGUAUGGCCUAAAGCCUAAACACAGAGCUCUGAGUCAGCAUCCAACAGUCAAUGAUGAUCUGCCAAAUCGUAUAAUUUCUGGCUUGGUGAAGGUGAAAGGAAAUGUCAAGGAAUUCACAGAGACAGCUGCCAUAUUUGAAGAUGGCUCCAGGGAGGAUGACAUUGAUGCCGUUAUCUUUGCCACAGGCUACAGCUUUGCUUUUCCUUUCCUUGAAGAUUCUGUCAGAGUAGUAAGAAACAAGAUAUCCCUGUACAAAAAAGUCUUCCCUCCCAACCUGGAAAAGCCAACUCUUGCAAUCAUAGGCUUGAUCCAGCCCUUGGGUGCCAUUAUGCCCAUUUCAGAGCUCCAAGGACGCUGGGUCACUCAAGUAUUUAAAGGGCUAAAAAGAUUGCCCUCACAAAAUGAAAUGAUAACAGAAAUAACAAAGACUCAAGAGCAAAUGGAAAAAAGGUACGUGGAGAGCCAGCGCCAUACCAUUCAGGCAGACUAUGUAGACACCAUGGAAGAGCUUGCUGACCUGGUGGGCGUCAGGCCCAAUCUGCUGUCUCUAGCUUUCACCGACCCCAAAUUGGCAUGGCAGUUAUUAUUGGGACCCUGCACUCCAAUCCAGUAUCGUCUACAGGGUCCUGGAAAGUGGGAUGGAGCUCGAAAAGCCAUCCUCACCACAGACGAUCGUAUCAGGAAGCCUAUGAUGACAAGAGAGGUUGAAAGCAGCGAUUCCAUGACUUCAACAAUAACAAUGGCCAGGUUUAUGCUAGCCAUUGUUAUCUUUGCUGUAAUGAUAACCUAUUUUUAGCUGUCCCAUUGGGGAGCUGGAUGGAGAGACACCUUCAGAAUCUGACAAGAUUGAACAACUCUUGAGUUUCACAUUGCCCAAAAAUCUUUUAUUUCUCUUUCCAAAGCAUUAAUCCUCUUUCCCCUUUCCCCUACAAUGAAAUUCCAGCUUUUCAUUCAUAUUGACUUAUCUCCCUUCUUAUGACCCAUCAUGUUUUCCUUCCAGCAAUCCUUAGUCUGUGAGUUCUGAUACUCUGUUAGUCAUCUUUUUAUGUCCUUAGCAGAGUUAUUACAUGAUAAGUGCUUAAUAAAUGUUUGUUGUUAUCAAAUAUUAUGGUGGGGAGCAGAAGUCAAUAUUUGUAUAAGAAAUGGGUGACUCCAUGUAACUCAGCUUCUGAUAGGAUUUAGUUUUCUAUUAGAAGCUCAAUCUUUUGUUUGUUUUUAAUAUUGUAAUUAAAUGUGUUUCCCGAGGGAUGAAAAGAAAUAACGGUCUUGUAACAGUUGUAUAUACCUAAUAUAUAUACAUACUUAAA